CAAUUACAUGGUAAAAUACUUAAAAAAAACAAACUUUGAAUGCAAAUGGGUAAAAUCACUAAAUUAGAUCAAGAAGUCAAGAACCCUAAGCCUUCUUCAGUUCUUCACUUCUUCUUCGACUCGUCUCCUCCGAUCUUCAUCUUGUCACCAUCGCCAAGGUCGUUCUCCCUCUCGAUCGGUCGAUCCUCAUACUUCUUUUGUUCUACAUCAGAUUUUCAUCUUCUCACCGAGGUCGUUCUCUCUCUGGAUCCUCUUCGACGUGAAAAAUUUUCUUCUCCAGUUCUCUUCAGAUUUUCCUCUUUCUCCCGAAGUCGUUCUUUCUCUGGAUCCUCUUCGACCGUUCGACCUGCAAUAUUUCUUCUCCGGUUCCCUUCAGAUUUUCCUCUUUCUCCCGAAGUCGUUCUCUCUCUGGAUCCUCUUCAACAGUUCGACCUGAAAUAUUUCUUCUCUGGUUCCCUUCAGGUACAGAACAGUGAAUCACUUUAAGCUUGCUACCUUGCUCUGCAUUUUGUUGCUUUAGUUUAGUAAAUUUCUUAUCUUUUUACUGCUUAUUUUGGAUUGGGUUUUGCUCUGCAUUUUGAUUUUUGAGUUUAUUUACAGAGUAUAUUUAUUUAUGUGAAAUUCAAUUUGAAUUUUGUUUUGUGAUGCUAUAAAUUAUUUUAUUGAUU